UUUAGAAAACAUAGCUUAUUUUAUACAGAAGAAGCUUUUGGUGUGAAGGGUGAAACCCUAUUUUUUGUUAUCGGGAUUAAUAGGUACAUUUUGUAAUGUAGAGAAUGUUCUCCAUGAACUCUGAUGAAGUUAGUAAAUCAUAUGUGUGGUCUUGCAGUAUACAUCACAGGACAGGGAAAGAAGGGCAGGCAAAGAAGGGGAACAUUUCCUCUUUUUCUCAACGUUUCCCAUCUCCCUGAAGAUGGUUGCUGCUUCACCUACGCCUCUCUUUGAGCAGGCAUAAGCAGAGAGGCUGCAGUUAACAGCUAUUCAGUCACACUACAGUAGUGAUGGGGGAGUGUGUGAGCUUUUGCUCACUCCUGAAAAAUUGUGGGGUGCUUGUCUUUGGCUGCGGGAAACAAACAAGAUUAUCCCUGAGGAAAUGUGGCCCUCACCAGAAAAAAGGAUGCCUACCCAACUUUUAACAGCUAAAGCAAUUGUACAGUUCUUCACUGGUUAGAGCUGCAGAGUGAACACAGUUGUCGUCUUAUAAUAACAACGUUGAUCUUACUGUGAUAUAUGAACUUUCCUGCCCGCAAAUGGUUAUGCAGAGUAUUCAGUUGUGUGACACUAAUGGAUGCCUACUUCUCUGUGUGGAAUAUGAACCCACCUAGUUUUAUGUAAUUUUUUUCUCUUUGCAGAAAAAAAUAGUAAUAAAAAAAGAAAGAAAUCUUAAAGCAUGAAAAGUGUUCCUGAAUUUGGGGGUUUUGUUGAAUAUUCCAGAGCUGAAGUAUAACCAGCAUGAAUGCAUACUAUACCAAUUCAAAAAACUUGCCUUUGGAUAAUUGUGAGAAUCCCAGUGAACCAAAGAAGAGUUUCUCUUGAAGUAUAGCGGGCCCAAGAUUAUUGUUGCUCUGUGCCUCUAUGUUCUCUCAAAGGGUGGGAAAACACUUCUUUUAUAUAAUCCCGUUCCGUGCCUGGGACCUACCGGGCAGAGGGACGAGCUUGCGGCCGCUGUCGAUGUCCCGGCCGCCAUCUUGGAUGGGAUGCGUGCACACACGGCGCGCUGGCGCGCCGUCGUGUGACGCGGCAGGGAGGCGGGGCGGCUGAAGGCUAUUUAAGGCCGCCCCGCCUGCUUCCCGCCAUCCAGUUCAAAUUUCGGCGGCAACCGGGGCAGCCGCAGCAGCAGCAGCUUCGGCUCGGCGCGGUUUCCUUCAGCGGCAGCUUCGGCCGGGCUCCUUUUGGCGGCAGCUUCGGCGGGGUUCCUUUGGCAGCGAUCGCGGCAGCAGCAGCUUCGGCAAGGCGCGGCUUCCUUCAGCGGCAAUUUCGGCAGCAGCAGCUUCGGCGGCGGCUUCUCUGCCGGCGCACGUGGGCCUCCGGAGGCUUCCUGUGGCCAGGGUGGCUGGGCGGCAGCGAGCCCCCCCCCCAACCUCAUUGAGAGACAGGGAGGCAGUGGCGGCGGGCAACAAGGCCUAGGCGGCGAGGAUCCUGGGGCAGUCACGACGAGGCGGCAGCGCAGGAUCGGAUCCAGCACGGCGAGGACCACAGGCUAGGCGGCCUUUGGCCGGCAACUUUUAAAUUUAAUUGUUAAUUUUAAUUAGCGCGGGGGUAGGUGGGGCACGACCCAACCAUCAAUCCUUGCCACGUGCAGGGCAAUUAGGCUACCCUCCAGGAUAAUUGGGUGCCGGGUGGGGGUAUUGAUUAAGCAGGCGGGCUCCUUCACAACGCUUUGUAAUCACGUCGUUUUGCAAGCGGGGCCCCCUAUCUCCCUCUAGUAUGCCUAAGAAAGGACAAGGGGGGCCAAAAGGGAAGGGAAAGGCCCCCAGAGCAGGGGGGAGAUGCCCACCCCCAGCGGCGGAGGGGGCAAGGAGUGGGGAGGGGCCACCAUGGGCGGCCAUAUUAGCCAGGUUGGAAGCCCUAGAACAUGGCUCAAGCCACCCUAAUGCACCCCGGGACCAACCUGUGACAGGGAAGAAGAAAGACCCACCACCCAAACGGUCUCGGGGGAAAACACAGCGGCCAGUGAACAGUGCUGAUGCAGGGGCUGUUGCUUCCAUCUUAGCGCGACUGGAUGUGCUGGAGGCCGGGCUCAGGGCUGAGGCGAGGACGCCCAGCAUAGAGCCAGGCGCAACUCCCACCCUGCAAGCAGCCCCAACAAUGCAGCCCGCACAAGGACCUUUGGCGGAAAGCACACAGGGUGAGUCCUCUAUCAUGCCACAACAACAAGGACAGCAGCAGUGGAGCUGGGCCCCCUGGGGGUACCCCUACUGGCCCUUUUCCCCACCAGCGGUAACCGAGGGAUAUGGGCAGGCAGGGACCCCCGCCGGCGGGGGGGAGGUUACGCCACAGCAGCAGCAUCCCCUAAGGGAGGCCUGCGAGCAGGUCUGGCACCUCGCCGCUGGGACGGCGACGGAAGGAGGACAUCAGCCCGCCCUGUCUGCCAACCCCCCUGCAGAGAUAUCCGACCCCCUGGGAUCAGUCAGAGAGGGGGCCAUACCUUUUGGGGAAACGUCUGCCCCACUGGGUUUUCAUCUUCUGCCUGCUACGAAGGACAGAAUAUGGAGGGGAGAGUAUGUGGACCUAUUCUCGCUCCUGUACAGGGAGCCGGUUGGGAAGGAUAAGGAUAAAGGAGAACAUGCAGAGCCCGAUAGGCCCAAGCGCCGACGGGUAGAGCGCUCUUGGGCUAACUGGCUGCCUGCAUUCCUUACCUACAUGGGGGUGGUAAUACAGAGGCAGCCUCACAGGGCCUCGGUACUGAUCAAAUACCUCGAUAUCAUAUACCGGGGCUAUUCGGAGUUUCAAGGGACGGCAUGGCUGGACUACGACCAGGCGUUCCGUAUGAGGGCGGCUUUUGAUACAUCCCUCCCCUGGGACAAGAAGGAGGCUGACCUGUGGCUGCAAUUUAUGGCGCAUUCUAGACCCAUGGCAGGCGAUAGGGCGGACAGCGGCCAUCUCUUGGCGCGCCAGGCAUCAGCAACUGCUUCCCGCGGGCCUGCGGGGCAGGGGGUUCAACCCCGCCUGCUUUGCUGGGAGUUCAGCUCGCGUGGCCUUUGCGGUCGGAGCCCGUGCAGGUUCAGACAUGAAUGUGCCAUAUGUGGGGGCCCUCACGCCUGCACUAGCUGCCCCAGGGGCCGCCCCUUCAGGGGUGGAAACAGGGAUUCGGCUGGCGCAAGGAGGACAGGGGCUGCAGGCGCAGCUCAGGGAAAGGGGCCCCAGCCCAAUUAAAAUUGCCGAGCUCCGACACUUACUCCACCUUUACCCCCUAGUCCUAGAUGCCCAGUUUUUAUUAGAAGGCUUCACAGUGGGUUUUCGGAUCCCCUAUUUAGGUCCCAGGCGACCUUUCAUGUCCUGCAACCUUAAGUCAGUGGAAGGCAUGGAAUCAGUUCUGAGAGAAAAAAUUAGGAAGGAAGUAGUAGCCGGCCGGGUUUUGGGCCCCUUUGCUGCACCACCCAUCCCCUCACUCAGAGUUUCCCCGUUGGGCCUCGUCCCCAAGAGGGCACCAGGUGAAUUUCGCCUGAUACACCACCUGUCCUUUCCACAGGGUGAGUCAGUCAAUGACUUUAUCCCAGCGGAGCUGUGCUCAGUCCGCUACACAUCAUUCGACUGUGCUGUGCGAAUGGUCAGGGACUGCGGGGUUGGGGCCCUUAUGGGAAAGUGUGACAUCAAGUCUGCUUUCCGCCUCCUCCCGGUCCACCCACAGGACUUCGAGCUGUUGGGCUUGGCUUUUGAUGGUGAAUAUUACGUGGACAGGGCAUUGCCUAUGGGCUGCUCUAUAUCAUGCUCUGUUUUCGAGCGCUUCAGCUCCUUCUUGGAGUGGGCGGUCAAGAGGCGCGCAGGCUUGCAAUCAGUGGUACACUAUUUAGAUGACUACCUGUUUGCGGGCCCUGCGGACUCAGGCACCUGCAGGGCGUUCAUGGCACAUUUCGCGGGGCUGGCUGGGGAGCUGGGCGUCCCCCUCGCGGCCGAAAAAACUGAGGGCCCAUCCACUGCUAUCACGUUUCUGGGCAUCGAGAUAGAUACGGUGGCCCAAUGCUGCAGGCUUCCUCAGGACAAGUUGGGGGCCCUCAGGGAGAAGAUCUCAGAGGUGGUCAGUUCUAAUAAGGUGACAUUAGCCACUCUCCAACGGCUGGCAGGCCAGCUGAACUUUGCCUGCAGGGUUGUAGCGCCCGGCCGCGCCUUCCUGCGGCGCGUAUAUGACGCCAUGGCUGGCCUAUCACGAUCCUACCACCGCACACGGGUGACAGCCGCUCUUAGGGCUGACCUGACAGUGUGGUCCACCUUCUUGCGGAACUUUAAUGGGGUCUCCCUAUGGAGAAGGGAUCGCCUGUUGGAGGCAGAGCUACAGGUGCACUCCGAUGCCUCGGGUGCCUUCGGUUUUGGGGUCAUUCUGCAUGACUCAUGGUGCCACGGCAGCUGGCCACAGGGCUGGACACUGGCCGGCCUGACCAGAGACCUGACGUUCUUAGAGUUCUUCCCCAUUGUCGUGGCCGUACACCUCUGGCCCGACAAGCUGUGUAAUUCCUCAGUCCACUUUUGGUGCGACAACCUCCCCACAGUGCACGUUAUUAACACCCUGUCCUCUAGAAACCCCAACGUUAUGCUUCUGGUGCGAGCAUUCGUGCUCCAAUGUCUUCGCUAUAAUAUUCAGUUCCUGGCGCGCCACGUUCCGGGUAUUGACAAUAGUAUUGCUGAUGCUCUAUCACGGAACCAGAUGGAGAAGUUUCGCCAGCUGGCACCGUGGGCAAGGGCUCUGCCGGAGGCGUUCCCCCCAGCGCUAUGGGAGAUUGGAGGAUUGAAUCAGAAAGGGCCAUAAGCCUUUCUGUGGCGCCCAGCACUUUGGCCAGCUACCAGGGGGCAGGUAGGGAUCUAUCUAACUUCAGAGAGUCCAGGGGUUACGUCCAGGAGUGGCCCAUCCCGGUCGAGCAGCUUAUGGAGUUCUGCGUGGAGGGGAAACGGAGAGGCCUUUCAGUCAGGACCAUCAAAGGUAAGCUCUCAGGCCUCGCUUUCCUAGCGAAGGCACGGGGCUUUCAGGACUACACGGGUGACUUUAGGGUGCGCCGGAUGCUGGAGGGUUGGUCCCGCGAGCGCCCUUGCCCCCCGGAUGCCCGCCUCCCCUUUUCCCCAGAGCUAUUGUUUGGCCUGCAGGGACAGUGGAAGCACUUGUGUUCUUCCCCUUUCGAGGCCCUGCUAUAUCAUGCUACGGCCCUCACUCUGUUUUUUGGGGCCUUCCGAAUUGGGGAGGUGGUGGCAGCUUCCAAGAGGGAUAACUCCCUCCGAGCCCUGCUAGUCUCCGACCUCAGCUGGAGGGCAGAGCGGGCCAUCCUGCGGCUCAGGCGGUCUAAAACGGACCAGCAUGGUAAGGGGCGCCUGGUGGUAUUGGCCCCAUGCCGGCAGCAAGAACUCUGCCCAGUAACAGCCCUGCGCGGUUUUGUGGCAGCGAGGGGGUCGCAGUCAGGGUACCUAUUCAUACAUAGGAACUCCCAGCCCCUUACCAGAUACCAGUUCUGGUCCGUGGCGAAGGCCGCACUGGGGAACUUAGGCGUGGACCCCAGUAAGUUCGGGACACACUCCUUCCGGAUAGGCGCGGCCUCCACGGCGGCCCUAUUGGGCUUUACUAAAGACAGGCUUCAGGCCGUGGGCGGGUGGUCCUCGGACGCGUACAAGGCCUACGUUAGACCACUUGCUGACACACACGGCGCCAGCGGCUAGACUUUGCCCCCCCCAGGGCCCCCCCCCAUUGUUACCCAAUGUCGUUGUUGUUUCAACAGAUCGCUGGACAAGAUCGGAGCAGCCACGCAUCCUCCUAUGUGGCCACAGUAUGAUGUUCUGGGCAGGCCGCAGGGCGGCGAAGUCUCGCUUCGGCACGCAGCUGGGGCUCAGUCAAUGGGCCGCAGUGCGGUGGCUGGGACGUCGGGGGAUGCGUUGGGAUGGGCUCCUGCCAGCCUUGUUUCAACCGGCUGUGGAAGUGGCAGCGCCCCAGGUGCUGGUGAUCCACCUCGGGGGCAACGACUUGGGUCUGUUAAAGGGCAAGGCCCUAAUUGAACAGGCAUGCGGUGACCUCCGGGCCAUUGCACGUCGCUGGCCGGGGGUGCACUUAGUGUGGUCAGACAUCCUGCCGCGCAGGAGGUGGAAUUGUGCCGGUGACCCACGAGGGAUGGACAGGGCACGGAAAAAGGUGAACAGGCAAAUUCAGAGGGCCCUUAGGGACUUAGGAGGUUCUGUCAUCCACUACCCAGAGGUGGGCCACAACAAGCUUGAGCUGUUUCGGCCUGACGGCGUCCAUUUGACGGACAAGGGCAACGACAUCUUUCUAAGGGACCUGCAGAAGGGUUUACACCAGAUUCUUAUCGGGUGUGGGGUAAAGGGGGACUAAGCAGAGGCUUGUCCCCCUUCUGUGGCGAAGAAGUGCGGGGAAAGGUUAAAGGGAAAGGGCAGCUAGGUGACACCUUUAGGCACCUUUGGGGGUGACAGGCGGUCCGGAGGCCUGCAGCUCAGGGCUACACGGCCCGGGGACAGGGUACGGGCCGCCUUUGGGGCCAACGUGCCUCAUCCGCUCAGAGUUUCAGGGCUCCGAGGGGCGGUGAUGCGGGUUGGACCCCCUACACAUCUUCAGGGUGUGGCUGGAGCUGGGGGGCUGGCACAGGGCAGCCCCAGGCUCAGGCAGGGCAUGAUCGCCCGAUAGCUGCUAACAGGCUUUGCCUGGAUCUCCAGAACGCCCCGCCCUUAAUCUCCCUUCUGCAGGUUCAUUAUUCAAUUGAUUCUGUUUAAAUAAAGUGGCCCAUCAUUUACCCAAGCAAUGGUGUCUGUGUUUUAUUUCGGCAAUAGGCCGCAAUCCCGUUCCGUGCCUGGGACCUACCGGGCAGAGGGACGAGCUUGCGGCCGCUGUCGAUGUCCCGGCCGCCAUCUUGGAUGGGAUGCGUGCACACACGGCGCGCUGGCGCGCCGUCGUGUGACGCGGCAGGGAGGCGGGGCGGCUGAAGGCUAUUUAAGGCCGCCCCGCCUGCUUCCCGCCAUCCAGUUCAAAUUUCGGCGGCACCCGCCCGACCCUCCCUCUGCUGCAGUGUGAUCCAUUUGGUCGCUACGGGGCCGACUAGGAAUUUUUGGCCUGCCUGCCUCGCUUUGCUGGCAGGUUUCUUUUGCCUACUCCACACUGUGGUUGGGGGGAGGGGUCAAGGGUUAGCACGGGUGCCCCUGGGGUCAAUAGGCUGAUUGGGCUGUUUAGUUUGUAUUGUUAACGGUCACUUUGGGAUGCAAGCGAAGAAGUGCGGGGAAAGGUUAAAGGGAAAGGGCAGCUAGGUGACACCUUUAGGCACCUUUGGGGGUGACAGGCGGUCCGGAGGCCUGCAGCUCAGGGCUACACGGCCCGGGGACAGGGUACGGGCCGCCUUUGGGGCCAACGUGCCUCAUCCGCUCAGAGUUUCAGGGCUCCGAGGGGCGGUGAUGCGGGUUGGACCCCCUACACAUCUUCAGGGUGUGGCUGGAGCUGGGGGGCUGGCACAGGGCAGCCCCAGGCUCAGGCAGGGCAUGAUCGCCCGAUAGCUGCUAACAGGCUUUGCCUGGAUCUCCAGAACGCCCCGCCCUUAAUCUCCCUUCUGCAGGUUCAUUAUUCAAUUGAUUCUGUUUAAAUAAAGUGGCCCAUCAUUUACCCAAGCAAUGGUGUCUGUGUUUUAUUUCGGCAAUAGGCCGCAAACAACAUUUGACUGUUAACUGCCAAAUGAAAUCUGUUUUGGCAGUGCAGAAAUGUACAUUCCACUAAAAUACAGCAAUGAAAUUGCAUUAUUAUCCAUAAUGAAAA